UGGCUGACCCAGGUUGCUAAGGUAACAGUGACAUGACCUUCAUUGUGACACCUCCCUCUGCUGGCCCACUUAUUAGAUGACCAGAGGUCCUCUAUGAGAGCUGGAAAAGCUGCGGAUCCCCAUUCAAAAGAGGAAUGCCAACAUUGACGCAGCAGAAGAGGGAUACCAGGCAAUAGCCUCUGAACCAGAGGGCCUGGGAGGUUUCCUUUCUGCCAAGAGAAAAAGGAGGAUGUUUCUACGGAGGAUGGGGAAGAGCUAAAAAUGUCCUGGAGCUGCUGCAAAGAUAAUGUCUCGGCCCCCAUGCCUACCUCCACGCCUAUGCGGCUGGAAGUACCAACGGCAGUCCCCAGAAACAAGAACCGAGAAGUCCUAAUUGCUUAUAUACUGGAGCACGAGGAGGAUGAUGAUGAAGAAGAGGAAGAGCAAAAGCAAAAGAAAGAAUCAGAAAAAGAGCGAGAACAAGAACCAAGAAAAGUACAAGAACAAGAACAACGAAGGGUACAAGAACUAGAAGCAAAAAGAGUACAAGAACAAGAAGCAAAAAGAGUACAAGAACAAGAAGCAAAAAGAGUACAAGAACAAGAAGCAAAAAAAGUACAAGAACCACAAAAAAUACAGGAACAAGACAAAACACGGCGGCCAUCAAAAGGUCAAGAUGAUGAUAUUGAAAGGCCCUGCACCUCCAAAGAUGCAGCUGAUGGUACGGAGGCAGAGACACAAACCAAUCCACGCUAUUUCCCGAAAUCACCAAAAAAGAUCACAUUGGAUGAGAUCCUGCUUGGAAUGCAGAAGAUCGAGUUCACCAUCAGUAACACAAUGAGAGACUUUGAGCAGCGCCUUUCCCGCUUGGAGCAGAUCGUUUUGAAAAUGAGGAAUGCGUGGAUCCACCACAGAACUUGCCAUCUAGAGGGUCUGGAAUAUGACGAUGAACAGGAUUAAUAUUUUUUUCCCCUCCUGAUUUUAUUGGUUUUGUAGAUUUGCAAAUCGACAUCCUUCCCCCAUCCAAUAAAAAAUAUUUAUUUGGGAA